AUGCAGAAUGCUGAUGCAGAGGCGCCAAAGACCGUUCCAAAGACCGAAUUGAAGCUUGAUUACGCUAGGAGUGAUGCGCUGCCCGAAUUACCCGGAUUAGCUAGCACUGCAGCUACGGGCUGUGUGUUCUGCGAAGUUCUUCGGCAUGAUUUGAUGGCUCCUUGGGAGUCGAUUGAAGCGAAGGGGGAGGAGAAUGAAGGUGACGAAGUCGGAAAUGAGAGUAGCAAUAGCGAUGGAGAAGAAAAGGAAUCUGGGGGUGACGUCGAUGAAGAGGAGGAGGACAAUGAAGAUACCAACAAAGCUAGAUAUGAGUACAUCGACACUGACAGUGAUGCGGAAAGCGAACCAGAUACAGAGGCUGAUGAAGAGCCUGACGAUAAAAAAUGUCAUGGAGGUGGAGAAGGGCAAAAAUGA